AUGAAAGAAGAAAAAGAAAAAUCAUUAGUUAUUUGUGAUAUUGAUUACAAAGUAAAGUAUUUAAAUUCAGAUGAAACCUUUGAUAUAAAAAAGGAAGAGAAUAAUAUUAGCAAGACACCACUUUUAAAAGAGAAUGAAGAAAAUUUUAUUAUUAAAACAGAAGAUGUAACUGAUGAAAGUUCUUCAAGUAAAGAAAUGGCUACAGAAGUAUUUUUUGAUUCAGAUGCACAUGAUGUGAAAGAAUCAAAACCUUCUAAAGCCAAUAGUGGUGAUCAAAAUUCUAUUCAUUUAGAUAAUAAAAUGCCAUCUCAAACUAAAUUGAUCUUGAGGCCAAGAAAGACUGAAACAAAUACAGGUUCUGAUUGUGAAUCUAAAAUUAAAAAGCAGAAAUUAAUAGUUUGUAAAGCAGAAAACAAAAGUGCAAUAAUUAGUGAAGAUAAUUUUUUAUUUAAUGAUACGUCUAAUAGUAUUUCUGAUCCUACAGUAGAUGUAUCUCAAAAUUUAGAAAAUGAUAAUUUUCAAGUCCCUGUCAGUAAAAUAAUUGAAAAUUCAGAAAUGAACAAUGCAGGAACUACAACUGAUUGCUGUGAAAAAAUUAUAGAAAAUGAAACAAAUAACUUUGAAUCUCCAUCAAAUUUAAAUCCUGUUUUUGAAACAGGAUUUGAAGUUGUGGAUAGUCAUGUACCUAAUAGUAAUAUUACAUCAGUAUCUAGAAUAAAAAAGCUUAAAAAUACGAAAAGGAAAAAAAAAAGAAGAGAUAAUGGGUGGACUAAAAAAAGAAAAAGAACUGAUAAUCAUCAGGUCGUCAAAAAUUUAUGCACUGUUUUAGAAUCUAAAGAAAUACAAAUAAAAAAUGAUGAAAGUAUCACUCAACCUAUAAGUAAAAGUGUUAAUUUAAAAAAGAAAGAUGUGGAAGGAUGUGAAAUUGUUCAAAAAAAACCCAGAGAAUUUGCAAUACCAUCACCCAGUUUAGCUGAUAUUUCCGUCAAGGCUGCUAUACCUGAAUCGACAGCUACAUCUCUUGAGGCAUCUAAGCCAAAACUUUGUUUAUGUCGUAAGAAACCUAAUCUUUUUGUUAGUGGGAAUAAUAAUACUGGUGAUUUGUACUGCCAAGCUCUUGACUGUAUCGAUAGCAGAAUAGUUGGUUGUUGCAACACCAUACCAUCUAAAGAUGUGGGUUUGUAUAGGGCUAGUGAAAGAGCUUCUUAUCAAAUGAUGUGCAUUGUACAUCAACAAAGACUCUUGAGGCAUAAUUGUUGUCCAGGUUGUGGGCUUUUUUGCACGCAGGGAAAGUAUUUAAUGUGUAAAUCAUGGCAUCACUUUCAUAAAUCAUGUUUUAGUGAUAGUAAAGAUGGAAUGUUUACUUGUCCACAUUGUGGAGAUAGUAGCACUCCGAAAACUAUUAUAGUUAAUAUUCAUUCUCCUAAGGAUCCUGUUUUUUUGCCGCAACAAAAACCCAUUAGAAAUAUGAAGUCUGCAAAAAUGACCAUUUCCAGAGGUAAUGAGCAAAAAGUGGAAGAAUCUGCGGAUCCAAAUUUUAAUUUGCCAGCAUCUUUAUUUAAAAUAAAUGGGGAAGAAAUAUUACCUGUAAAUGGAAUCACACAAAUUCUACAGAGGGAUAAGUUAGCCCAUUUAUUAAAUAUUGCUUGUAGAUCAUUUUCUAAAAUAUGUUGUAGUAAUAGAUAUUCAUUUAAAAGUUUAUACAACGCUGCUCAAAAUGGAGACGUGGAAAAAUUAAUAAAAGUAAUUGCUAGCGGUUUGAAUCCGAAUCACGUUUUUGAUGAGCACAACAAUCAAACCGCACUUCAUUUUGCUGCCGGAAAUGGACAUUUACCCGCCGUUCAUAUUUUAUUACAAGCAAAAGCUCAAAUAAAUAUUUUUGAUUCGGAACAAAAUACUCCCCUGACUGCUGCCAUCAAUGCCAAACAUAAUGACGUCGUUAAAUAUUUAAUUAAAUGUGGCGCCGAUCUCAUUUUAAAAGGUGAAGACGGUAUGACUCCUUUACACAUUGCCGCAAAAUGUGGAAACGUCGGAGCUUGUUUUCAUCUUUUGAAUGGUACUCAUCUUCCUAAUAGAUACAUUGAUGGUUUGGAUGAUGGCGGAUGGACUCCCAUGGUUUGGGCUUCCGAAUUUAAUCACAUUGACGUUGUCAAGUUUUUAAUCAGUAAAGGAGCUGAUUCUUUAAUAAAAGACUCGGAGCAAAACAUUGCACUUCAUUGGGCAGCCUUCGGCGGAAGCGUGGAUAUCGUCGAAAUAUUUUUAAACGAAGGAUCUGAUAUAAAUUCCGUUAACGUUCACGGAGAUACUCCUUUGCACAUAGCAGCUCGUCAGCAAAAAUACAGUUGCGUUUUGCUUCUUCUCGCUCGCGGUGCUCGUUCCGAUGUUAAGAAUAAAAAUGGCGAACUUCCAAGAGACUGCAGCCACUCUCCUUCCUCGGACAUAUAUAAGGGAAUAACUUUAAACAUGGAAAUCAGUGCUCUCCUGACAAAAUUUCAAGAUCGAACUCCGAAAAUCGUAUCAAACGAUAUAUCCAGGGGAAAAGAAAGGAAUCAAAUUCAGUGUAUAAACGAAGUGGACGACGAGGGUGAGCCGGGAAAUUUCGUUUACGUUAACGAAAGUUGUUUCACGUCGAAAAUAACCGUUCACAGGACCAUAACGUCACUACAAUCGUGCAAAUGUCAAAAUGUUUGCUCGUCCGAGGGAUGCAAUUGUGCCGCCAUCAGCGUGAAAUGUUGGUACGACACCGACGGGAGAUUGAAACCGGAUUUUAAUUACGUCAAUCCUCCGUCGAUAUUCGAAUGCAAUCAAGCGUGUCACUGCAAUAGAAUAACAUGUCGGAACAGAGUCGUACAAAAUGGAGUCACGUGUAGGUUUCAAUUGUUCAAAACGGAGAAAAGAGGUUGGGGAAUAAGGACGCUCAAUUCCAUACCCAAGGGAACGUUUGUUUGCGAGUACGUGGGAGAAAUAAUAUCGGAUUGGGAAGCGGAUCACAGAGAAGACGAUUCGUAUUUAUUCGAUUUGGAAAAUAGGGAUGGAGAAACGUAUUGCAUAGAUGCGAGAUACUACGGUAAUUUUGCCAGGUUUAUUAAUCACAUGUGCGUACCUAAUUUGAUGCCCGUUCACAUAUUCGUAGAUCAUCAAGAUUUAAGAUUUCCAAGGAUAGCUUUUUUUGCCAACAAAGAUAUUUUACCAAACGAAGAAUUGGGGUAUAAUUACGGUGAUAAAUUUUGGGUCAUCAAAUGGAAAUCGUUUACGUGCGUUUGCGACUCGGAAAAAUGUCUAUAUUCGGAAAAUACGAUACAAACAACAUUGGAAAAUUAUCAAAAAAAAUUAACCGAAGAAAAUUCGCAAGAAAGCAAAUAA